GCUGGACCUGCGAUGCCGUCCGUCCGCAGGCACUGGCAGGAUCUGGGCUACCUGAUCCUGUACAUCACGGGGCGGCCGGACAUGCAGAAGCAGCGGGUGGUGUCCUGGCUGUGCCAGCACAACUUUCCACAGGGCAUGAUCUUCUUCUCCGACGGGCUGGUGCACGACCCCCUGCGGCAGAAGGCCAUCUUCCUCCGCAACCUCGUGCAGGAGUGUUUCAUCAGAAUCAGCGCGGCCUACGGCUCCACUAAGGACAUCUCCGUGUACAGUGUGCUGGGUCUGCUGCCCUCCCAGAUCUUCAUCGUGGGCCGGCCCACCAAGAAGUACCAGGCCCAGUGCCAGGUGGGGGCGCCGGGCCGGGUGGGGGCGGCGUGGGCGGGGUCUGCCGUCCAUUCAGUCGUUUUUGUUCAUUCCUUCAUUUGCCCACUCACUCAUCUGUUCAUCCGUUCACUCGCCGUUUCCACGUGCACCAUGGGCAUCGGUCCUGGGCCAGGCCCUGGUGCCGUCGGAUGUCCCAUCAUCCAGGCGGCAGUGCCCGUGGCAAGAGGCCUAAUGGAUGAUGGGGGGCACGGGGUCGUGACCCCCCCCCCCCGGGGAGGAACAGAGACGAUGGGGGCAAGGCUGCUUUGGGGGGUUCGAGGGAAUUGUCCAGGGGGCUUGAGGUGGGAGGAGCAUUUGUGACAGAGGUCGCCGCAAAAGUGAAGGUCAGGAGGUGACGGAGCAGGUGUCCCCCCCCGGGCGGGAGCAGGAGAGGGGGGCCCGCAGUGCCUGGCAGCCUCGGCGGGCUGGGACUUGGGGGGUGAGUCGUGAUUCCUGCGGUCCCCAGGCUGCAGGGGGAAGGCCCGUCAGAGGAAGGGGGCAGGGAAGCAAGGGGAGGCGGUGGCCGGCGGGAAGGUGAAGGGCCCCAGAGUCACUUCGGAGACAGGACUGAGGGACUGGACUUGGAAAUGAACGGGUCAGAGGUGUGGGCUGAGCGGGAGCGAAGGCCAGGGGUGGCGCCUGGUUUCUGGGAGCGCGAUCAGCUCAGGGGUGCCGUUCGGGGGACUGAGAGCAGGUUGGAGAAGGAGGGGUGGGGGGGGAGGUGACGACCCCUUUGGGGGCGUGCUGAGUGCGGGGCGUGGGAGCCACCGGCAGGUGCAGACGGGAGACACUGAUGCAUACACGUGGCCCCCGGGGGCUUGCGUGCGUGCAG